CUCUCUAGACCUCACCAAAAAUUCCAUUCCCUCGGACAAAAUAACGACGUGUGGAUAAGAGUCCCUCCUCGGAUAGUCCCAACGCCGACGGCUUCCUUUUCUCGCUCACACACACUGAGAAAUCCAGGACUCUGCAAAAACCCAAGUGAAAAAUGGAGGUGGGUUUGUCUCUAAACGCAGCGGUUCGGCUUCCAUUGUCGAGCUCGAGGACCCACGAAGAUGGUCUGGUCAGGCACUCAUUGGUUUCCACAAAGACGACGACCCAGAAAGCGGCUGAGCAAAGGCAGGUCCGCCGCGCGCUGGUGGUUGAAUCAAAGGGCAAAAGGGGAAUGAUGGCCCGCCAGUUUCAACCCAAGAGGCCUCCGCCUCCUGCCAUGCCCAAGAUUGAAGACGACGGCAACCCUCGCUUCGUCGUCUUUAUCCGAAUGGCCAAUGUUUACCUAUGGUACCCACUUAGUGUGAUAUCAGGUGGUACAACGGCUAAAAUCAUGAUUGCCGCAAAAGAUAACUUUCUGGGGAAAUAUAUAUACAAAGAUACACUUGCUAGAAAUCUUGCUGCAGUUAUUUACAGAGAUGAGAAGGAAAUACAGAAGACAGCAUUUAAGCAGUACCGAGUGUUGCGGUCAGCUACUGAUUUUAGAUAUGGCUACAAAAUUGUCGAAAACGGUAAUAUGAGAGCAGCACUUUCUACCUCGGAUGUAAUUGAGCUACCAACAAAAGACAAGCUCAAAACCACAUUUGACAAAGUGAAGGAUUUUUUUGGAGAUGCAAAAGAAUCGUUUGGCAAGCUGACGACGCUAAACUUAUCCGAGUCUCAAGAAUCAGAAGGAAAAACCGAAGAACAGGGAAAGGUAAAGAGCUGAAGAUGGCAGAGGCAUUUGCUUGAUAUGGUGCAGAGGCCACAGACUCUGUGAGAGUUAAUGCUUACUCCGCUGCAUGCUCCUUUCACGAAAGGUCGUUUAGGAUUCUACAGAGAGUUAAUGCUUACUCGCAACAAGUUGGAUCUUUGGAAAUUCGCGCUUAUACACGUAAAAGAACCUAAUUGCGGGCUAAAACGCAUAUUAAGAUGCAAGUGGUAGAUUGCUAGUGUCUUCCUCUUUAAUUUACUUUGAGUUCAAACUCUCCAUUUUCCUUAAUGUAGUUUAGUACAUAGUAUUGUUUGUAAUAAAGGAGCACUUAAAUGUUAAAAUGUGUUGUGCGGAAGCGUCAAA